AUGGACAGCGAGGGUGAGAAAGUCCUCGAGGGUAUCUUCGCUGUUGCCAAGCCAGCAAACGUCUCCUCUGCAGAUGUUCUCCUCAAAUUGCAAGAAACUUUUGCACCAUCAGCCACAUUUGCGCCACUGCUCAGGACGCAACCCAAGCGUACCAGCAAAUCGUCUGAUCAGGUGUUUCGCCUCGGACACGGCGGGACUCUGGAUCCCUUGGCUGCUGGAGUUAUUAUUGUGGGCAUCGGCCGUGGCACCAAACACCUGUCUAAUUAUCUGUCUUGCAACAAGACUUAUGAGACAGUUGUGCUUUUCGGCGCAAGCACGGAUACUUACGACUGUACUGGCUCCAUAACUCAGGAAGCGGACUACUCACACGUGACAAAAGAGUUGGUUGAUGGAAAGCUUGGGACUUUCAGAGGAACGAUACAACAACUGCCCCCUCUGUACUCGGCAUUGAAGAUCAAUGGUAUCAAAGCCUGCGAGUACGCGCGCCAGGGGAAGGACUUGCCACGAGAUCUGGAGAGCCGAGAAAUGCAUGUUGAUGAGUGUACGCUGCUGGAAUGGUACGAGCCGGGACAGCAUGACUUUGCAUGGCCCAGCAAGGUCGAGCCCGCUUCAGCACCCGCCGCAAAAAUUCGACUGACGGUAUGCUCGGGCUUUUACGUUCGCAGCUUUGCACAUGAUCUCGGCAGGGCGUGUAAUACGUGUUCAUACAUGGCAUCUUUGCUUCGAACACAACAAGCAGAUUUCACCACAUCGAACCCACCUGAGCCAUCGAGUUUGACAAGCGCGCUAACAUAUGCGGAUCUGGAAGCUGGCGAACACGUCUGGGGGCCGAAGCUUAGACCACAACUUGAUCGUUGGGCCACUGCCCAUCCGGUCGUUCAAGGGCAUGUCAAUGGGAGGGAUGCAAGUGUGAAGCGCAAGACCGAAGAGCAGCAAGCAAGACCGAGGCAACGGUUCCGUGGAGAGUGGGUUGCAAGCACAAAGAAAGAAAGGAUCAAACAGCAAGGAGGCAAGUUCAAGGGCAAAUGGGGAAGAAAGCUUGCGGCCGACAGGGAGGCAAAUAACAACACCAGUGACCAGCCGGUGGUGCCUGUGAUUAACGAUCAAAAGCUAUGA